AUGGGGGGCCCCUCAGGCAGCAGGGGGCCCCGCCACCGGGCGCACGCCUUGAGGAUUUCCUAUGAGAACCUUGCUGCAGCGCCUGCUGCAGCAGCAGCAGCAACAGCAGCAGCUGCUGCUGCUGCACCCACAGACACAGGGGCCUCCGCCAAGGGCUCAUGGGGAGAGCAGCAGCAGCAGCAGCGGCGGCCGCAGCAGCAGCAGCAGCUGCAGCAGCAGCAGCAGCACCGGCAGCAGCACCGGCAGCAGCGGCGACAGCACCAGGACUUUCAGCAUAAGCGCCAAAGACUGCUGAGCAUGCAGCAGCAGCAGCAGCAGCAGCAACAACAAAUGCUGCUGCAGCAGCAGCACCAUCGUACUGGCUCCAUCCCGCUGCAGAUGAACCCCAUGAGCAGCAGCAGCAGCUGCUGCAUCAGCAGCGGCAGCAGCAGCAGCAGCAGCAGCUUCUGCUGCUCUCCUCCCCCUCAAGGAAUCUGCAACGCAGAAUUCGCCUACAGGCAGCAGCAGCAGCAACUGCAGCAGCAGCAGCAACUGCAGCAGCAGCAGCAGGAGCAGCAGCACCUGCCACCGCCGCCACCACCCCCACCCGAUUGGUCACAGCAGCAACCGCAGCAGCAGCAGCAGCAGCCGCAGCAGCAGCUGCUGCUGCAGCAGCAAUACCAAAUGCCGCAGCAGCAGGGGAUGGAGAUGAAUCAAAUGCUGCAGCAGCAGCAACAACUGCAGCAGCAGCAGCAACAAAUGCAUCCAACAUUCCAGCAGCAGCCACUGCAGCAGCAGCCACUGCAGCAGCAGCAACUGCAACAGCAGCCAGUGCUGCAGCAGCAACUGCAGCAGCAGCCGCUGCAGAUGCAGCAGCAACCACUGCAACAGAUGCAGCAGCAACCGCUGCAGCAGAUGCAGCAGCAACCAAUGCAGCAGAUGCAGCAGCAGCAUAUGCAGCAGCAGCAUAUGCAGCAGCAGCACAUGCAGCAGCAGCAGAUGCAGCAGCAGCAGCAGAUGCAGCAGCCAGCACAACAACAGCUGCUGCAGCAGGCAGUGCCGCUGCAGCAACAACCGCUACAGCAGCAACCACUACAGCAGCAGCCCCUGCAGCAGCAACCGCUGCAGCAGCAACUGCAGCCGCAGGCGCUGCAGCAGCAGCAACUGCAGCAGCAACACCUUCAUCAGCAGCCAGUGCAGCAGCAGCAACAUGUGCAACAGCAACCCCUGCAACAACAACAACUACAGCAGCAACAACAGCAGCAGCAACUGCAGCAGCAGCAGCCUCCCUCGCUGCAACAGUUCCAGCCACAGCAGCAGCAGCCGCUGCAGCUAAUGCAGCAGCAACCACCGCAGCAGCAGCCACUGCAGCAAGAAGCGCCGCAGCAGCAGCCGCUGCAGCAGCAACCGCUGCAACAGCAACAACUGCAGCAGCAACAACUGCAGCAGCAACCGCUGCAACAGCAACAACUGCAGCAGCAGCCACUGCAGCAGCAACAAUUGCAGCAGCAACCGCUGCAGCAGCAACCGCUGCAGCAGCAACCGCUGCAGCAGCAACCGCUGCAGCAGCAACAACUGCAGCAGCAACCGCUGCAGCAGCAACAACUGCAGCAGCAACAGCUGCAGCAACAACAACUGUACCACCAACAACUGCAGCAGCAGCCACUGCAGGAGCAACCGCUGCAGCCGCUGCAGCAGCAGCCACUGCAACACCAGCCCUCGCAGCUGCAACAGCAGCAGCAACUGCAUCAGCAGCAGCAACUGCAGCAGCAACAGCAACUGCAGCAGCCGCAACAACUGCAGCAGCAACAGCAACUGCAGCAGCCGCAACAACUGCAACAGCAACAGCAACUGCAGCAGCAGCAGCAACUGCAGCAGCAGAGCUAUUGCUUUCAAGCAGGGCUACCAGGGCCUCAAGAGCAGCAGCAACUGCAGCAGCAGCAACUGCAGCAGCAGCAACUGCAGCAGCAGCAGCAGCUGUGGCAGCAAGAACAGCUGCAGCAGCAGCACAUUGGGCACCCCACAAACCAGAGGAGACAGCAGGGGCACAGGAGAGAGCAGCCUGCAGCUCAGCAGCAGCUGCAGCAGCAGCUGCAGCAGCCGCUGCAGCAGCAGCUGCAGCAGCAGCUGCAGCAGCAGGAGACAUUGCAGCCUUACAACACGCAGCAGCAGCAACAACAACAGCAGCAACAGAUGCUGCUGCAGCAGCAGCAACAACCACUGCAGUACCACUGGCCUCAACAGAUGCACCACCAGCAGCAGACGCAGCUGCAGCAGCAACAGCAGCAGCAGCCAAUGCAGCAGCAGCAGCAGCAGCAGCAGCCAAUGCAGCAGCAGCUCAUUGCAGCACCCCCACCACCUCCGCCGCCACCAGCCCCGCCAUGCAGCAGCAGCGCAUGCAGCAGCAGCUACACUCCCAGCAGUGCCUUGCUGCAGCAGCAGCAGCAGCAGCAACAGCAGCAGCAGCAGCAGCAGCAGCAGCAGCAGUGCCUGGGGGUCCCCGCCCCACCUCGCAGCAGCGGCAGCCUCCAUCUUUGGCCUCCGCAGCAGCCGCCCCCACCACCGCCGCUGCCUCUGCAGCAGCAGCAGCAGCAGCAGCAGCAGCAGCAGCAGCAGCAGUGGAUAAAGACAGAGACCGGGGGGGCUGUGCCGUCUUACCGAGAACGCAGAAGCAAGAAAGGCUUCGAGAGCAUCGUAGACAGCCCUGCAGAGGUGGAGCUGUGGCUCGCAGCAAGGAAGGCCUCCUACCCCAAGAAACGAUCCCCACAAGAGACGUUGCCUACUGCCUUCGAUAAGCCGAAGAGUGUUCUGGAGACUAUUCUGAGGAAUUCUCUCGCCAGCAACAACAGCGACUGCGGCGGGCGGCUCCCUGACUUUUGGUUUGCCCCAUACGACACAGGGAGCAGCUGGGGUGUACAUGCAGCUCCGCUGCGGGGUCAGCAGCAGAUAGUGUUUAGGCCCCCUCUUCGAUUGCUGCUGCAAGCAGCAGACAAAAGAAAGUGGGAGAGAAAGCUUAUUGCUGCGCUGCACUACCUGGUGCAGCACAACUUCUUCAGCCAGCAGCAGCAGCAGCAGCAGCAGCAGCAGCAGGAGCAGCAGCAGCAGCAGCAGCAGCAGCAGAUGCUGCUGCAGCACACACAGGAGAAAGAACAGCUAUUUGCUGCAGAGCAACCGAGAGAAGAGGGCGAGCUGCAGCCAGAAGAUGAAGGACCAGAGAUGCAGCAGCAGCAGCAGCUGCAACAGCAGCAGCAGCAGCAGCAACAGCAGCAGCAGCAGCAGCAGCAGCUCUGCACACCUCACCAUGCUGAGGCGACCCUGCUGCAGUGUCAGGCGGAGCAGCAGCAGCUGCUGCAGCUGUAA